CAAUCAACAGCAACGGUUGGUGCAUUUUUAACAUACAAAGCCAAUCAUUCUGCACCACACCAAUCGUCGUUCCCCGCUGGGUUAGUGCGCCAGAACCCAUAAAAACGCAUCGCAUCGUACCGUCACUACACCAGUCGGUGACAGAACGUUCGGGGUUUUAGAAGAGUGACACGUUACGGAAGAUAUCGUCGCUAGAAUGCUUCUACAAAGUGGUCUGCAGUUCCCGAUGCUCAUCGUGGUGAUAUUGAUCGCUGGAAUCAUCGGUCUUGGAGAAGCCGGUGACAGUGACCUAAAUGAGGUGCGCAUUGGCUUCGGCACAUCGUUCAGUGCGAGGCGCGACGUUCGGUUUCAUCUUUACACGCCGCUCAACCGGGCUGACGCCCACGUGUUCUCGAUCGACACGGUGGACACGCUGAUGCGUUCGUUCUACAACUCUAGCCAUCCUGUUAGAAUAAUUAUUCACGGCUGGUUUAACAACGGCACCUCGUUGAUAAUACAGGGCGUGAAGGAUGCGUAUCUGGAUGCGGGCAGCUACAAUGUGAUCGGUGUUGAUUGGGGCGUCGGUGCUGGCGAGUCCUACUUCCGUGCCUCGCAGUACACGAUCGCGGUUGGUUUGGUGGUGGCGGAUCUCGUCAAUCAGCUCGUACGCUCCAACAUGACGGACAUCGAGCAGCUUUAUCUCGUAGGCCACAGCCUUGGAGCACACAUCGCCGGUAACGCGGGACACUCGCUUAAAACGCAACAGCUGCAGGUGAUCUACGGGCUCGAUCCUGCCUCGAUCAAUUUUUUCCAGGACGAGCCGGACACACGCCUUAGCCCGGACGAUGCUGCGUACGUGGAAGUCAUCCACACGAACACUCAAUUUUCUGGCUAUCCAGCCCCGCUAGGGCAUGUCGAUUUCUACAUGAACUAUGGUCGCAAGCAGCCGGGCUGCAAGACGGACGUCUGCAGCCAUGGCCGCUCGACCGAGUACUUUAUCGAGUCACUGACGAACGUAACGAAAGGCUUCUGGGGCGUCCGGUGUACCGAUUACAACGAAAUCCGCCAGCGGACAUGCUACAACAUUAAGCAGCAGGCAAUGAUGGGUGGUGAAUUCUGGCAGAAGCACAAUACGACGGCCGGCGUGUACACGGUCGAAACACUCGCCGAGUCACCGUAUGCGAUGGGUUACGUGCACUAAGGUGUGUGUGUGUGGACAGCGGUUAGUAGUGGUGCAAAUGAAAACGGAUGUCGUUAAUCAAUCUUAUGUUACCAAAAAAAAAAAGAAAGAACACAUCGCCAAUUGAGUUGAUCGGCUCCAAAAAUAAAGCAUCUAGAGUGAUACUGCACUAAUCCGCGCUUAUCGUGGCAUGUUUGUGGGUACUGUACAAAAAUCAGCA